UUCGUUCGUUGAAUCAUCAUGUGCUGUUCUUUUCCUGUUUCGUUUUCAUAUCUCUCACAAUUUUUUGCCACAUCACCGGGGAUUCAAUUGCAUUUUUAAGUAGGCGCUUGACUGAAAUGUAAUUUAUGCAAGCAUAGCAUGCGAUGGAAACUUUCUGCUCAGUAAAUUAAGUUGGGUUGCAGCGAUGUACGUAGGGUGACACGACAAUGACUUCGUUGGAGAAACUGCGCAGUGAUGCCAUGAGAGGAAAGUGGUCAGAAGCAUUUGAAACGUUCAAGAAAGAAAGGGACCUACGCAUAGCCGAGAUAACGAUUGCAGGAGACACAGUGUUACAUAUGGUUGUGUCUAAUGGCGAAGAGAAAGUGGUGGCAGACAUGGUUGACCUCUUAGUUCAAGAAGAUGACGAGGAGAGUGUGAACAAGCACGCCGUUCUUGGGGCUGGGAAUAAGAGAAAGAACACUCCCUUACACAUAGCAGCCUCAAUGGGAAAAGUUGAAAUGUGUAAGAAGAUAGGUCGCGAAAAUCCCUUCUUACUUGGUAGCCGCAACAUUGCUGGCGAGACUCCGCUCUUCCUAGCAGCUCUCAAUGGCAAGAAAAAAACUUUUCUUUGGCUUCAUUAUCUAUAUGUGCAUCGCUUUGGAGAUUCUUCCGCCAACGUUGCCCACUGUAUAAGGGACAAUAAAGAUACUAUUCUUCAUUGUGCAGUUGCAGAAGGACACUUUGAUGUGGCCGUUGAAAUAAUUUACCUUUAUAAAGAUCUCGUGAAAGCCACGAGGUUCAACCACGAAGGAUUGUCUCCACUUCAUCUCCUAGCAGCAAUGCCUUCAGCUUUCAAAAGUUCUAGCCUCUUUCAUCGACCAUUCAUUGAAUAUCUCAUUUACCAUUUGCUGCCAAUCAGGGAGAAGAAGGAAGCUACGAAGCGUCCCGAUUUGGAAGAAGAGCAGAAAUCAUCGAAAGUCAGUGAUGCUAUCUUCAAGCUUAUUGAUGGUGGAUGGAGAAAAUUAAAUGGGAUUCGAAAAAAGAAGGAGACGCAUAAAUUGUCCGUCCAAAUAAUGAUUGCACUUCUUGAGGAUGCUUACAAGUCAGCGACUGGAACUCCACUUGGAAAGACUCCAACUUUCACUGAGUCGAGGCCGAUGGUGAAAAAUGGUCAAGAGAAGAUAGAGUCGGGGCCAAUGGGGGAAAAUGGCCAAAAGAAAAUUGAGACGCCGCUAAUGAUUGCUGCGAAAAAUGGUGUCAAAGAAAUGGUGGAGAAAAUUCUGGAAUUAUUUCCAUCUACUAUUGAGGAUGUGAAUCAUGAAGAAAAAAACAUCGUCUUAUUAGCAGCAGAAAAUAGACAGACCAAGGUAUAUCAGUUUCUGUGUGAAAAGAAAAUCCUUAACGAAAAUCUCUUUCGGCAAGGGGAUAAAGAGGGCAACAGUGCAUUGCAUUUGGCAGCCAGGCUUGGAGACGAGCCUUGGCUCAUUCCUGGAGAAGCACUUCAGAUGCAAUGGGAGAUCAAGUGGUUUAAUUUUGUGAAGGAUUCAGCACCCGCUGAUGUGUUCGCGGGAUACAACAAGAAGUUUGAAACCCCAGAUGAUAUCUUCAGGGAAACUCACAAGAAUCUAGUGACAAGCGGCGGAAAGUGGCUGAGUAAAACCUCACAGGCAUGUUCUGUGGUGUCGACGCUGAUUGCCACAGUGGCCUUUUCCACGAACUCCAACGUGCCGCCGGUAUUCCUUGAACCAACCAAUGAAAACAGAACAGGAUACAAAUGGUUUUCUUCCUCAUCAUUGGUGGCCCUUUGCUUCUCCCUCAUCUCCACCUUCCUCUUCCUCUCUAUUCUCACCUCUCGUUAUCAGCCUAUCGACUUCCACAUGGAACUUCCAAGGAGGCUUAUCUUUGGCAUGACCUCCUUGUUCUUGGCCAUUGCCAACAUUUGGCUCUCUUUCUGUGUUUGCCAUGCCUUCUUGCUUGAGCAACACAUCCAUAGAAGUUAUCCUAUUGUUUAUAUCAUAUCUUCUUUGGUUGUCACCGCUUUUGUUUUGGAACAGUUCCCUUUAUACUUUGAUCUUAUCACUGCCAACUUUACCAGGGUUCCAUCCCCCAGCCACAAGGCUACCCCUGCCAUUGAGUACCGAGUCUCCAAGAAAAAGGAAGAAAAGUUCCCUGCCAUUGAGUACGAAGCCUCCAAGAAAAAGGAAGAAAAUAAAGGUGCCACGGAUUGA